UAGAUCCGUUACAAGAGUUUUAUGUUUCAAGUUUUGUUUUUGACUUUUACACUUUGGUCUGAGAGAGAGAGAUCGUAACGGAGAAGGAAGCCAUUAUGAAGAAUCUCAGGUUUCUGAGUAUUUAGAGAGAGAAACAGAAAGCAAAUCUACUCUCUGUGUUGUGGGUGUUUGACGUUGGCAAUCAUGGUUGCAAGAACCCCACCAAAGCAGAGGAGAUCAAUGGUGGCUCCUCUCAACCCAACUCUCAUCAGAGAAACUGUAAACAAGGUGGAUAAAUGUAUGGCAAGAUUGCAAGAACUGCAGUACACAGUUGCAGGAGGAACCAAGGUGAUAGCUGGAGUGAGUCUCAGUCCAAGGAGCAUCAGAGGUUACUUGAGGACUAGUCUUAGGUGCAAGCAAGAAACUGUGAGGAUCAAGAAUGGCACCCCCAGGAAAUCUCCGGCGGGGAAGUUUCCGGCAACUAUAGGAGGAGAAUGGCGACAAAUGUCGUUACCAGCAAUGCUAUUAGGAGAAACAAUGGGAGAUAUUCUACAAGCAAGCCAAUUUGCAAAAGAAAUAGUAACAUCAGUUGCUCACAAAACCAAGAAAAUAGCACCAGAAGAUCCAAAAACACCAGUCACAGAACAGAGGAAACAGAGACCCCUGCUUGAGAACACUGAACUCAAGACCAGAAGAACGAAGGAGAAGCAAAAUAAACUAACCCUAAUCCGAUCAGAAUCCGAUACGCUGUCUCUUCAAAGGGCUAGAUCACGUAUCAAUUUCAAGGUUUCGCCUCCAAAGAAGACUGAUUUCCACAAAGAAGAUAACAACCAUUAUGUGGCAAACAGAGUAUCUCCCAAGCACAGGCCUUGGGCUAAAAAAACUGUACUUUUUCCAAACCCUCUGUUCCUUUCUACACCUUCUGCUCCCCAGCAACCAAAGUUCUGCAAGACAAGGUCACCAGUCAUAGCAAGAACUAAACAACAGACUCCACAUAAGUUCUUGAUUAAGUCUCCACCGCGAGCGCCGCCAUCAUCAGCUUCCAAAUAUCAUGUAAAGAUCAAGAGCCCACCAGUUGUUUCACUUUCUCCUACAAGGUCUGCAAACUUGAGCAAGAAAUCAUCACCAAAGGUGUCAACUGCCUCAAAACUGCGGCGAUCGUUUUCACCUUCAAGGAUUGCCAACAGAUUGGUGUCUCCUUUAAAGGGCAUAAAAAAUGUACAGAAGAUUGAUGGGCUGAAAUAUCGUCCGGUUUCAAUUCCUCCUAAGCAAUUCCCAACUAGGAGAAUUUGAUUGUGUAUAAAAAAAGUAAACAAACUCCCAUGCAUAAGUCCCCUCCGGCAAUCAGAGGGUCAAGGAUAUACCAGAUGUACACAGAUCUUACCUCAACAUAAUAUUUAGAGAGU